AUGGCUUUUCAAAUUCUCAGUUUUUUCACUAUUUUUAUGUUCAUGAUAAUUGCACUCAAAAUUAGGAAUCAUUACAAAAAAUAUGACUUCGGUAAAAAUAUACCUCCAGGGCCAUGGAAGUUACCCAUUUUAGGAAAUAUUCUCCAUCUUGUUGCAAGAAACCCACCUAGAAGAUUAAGAGAUUUAGCCAAAAAAUAUGGACCCUUGAUGCAUCUUCAACUUGGUGAGAUCUUUUUCAUUGUUAUUUCUUCACCAGAAGUUGCAAAGGAGGUUUUAAAAACACAUGAUAUUAUCUUUGCAUCAAGGCCUCAUCUUCUUGCCACAGACAUAGCAUCUUACAAUUCAAUGGAUAUAGCUUUUUCACCUUAUGGUGAUUAUUGGAGACAACUUAGAAAGAUUUGUGCUAUUGAGCUAUUAAGCACAAGAAGAGUCAAAUCUCUUUGGCCAGUAAGACAAAAAGAGAUCAAUUAUCUCCUAAAGAAGAUUGCUUCAAAUGAAGGAUCAGAGUUCAAUCUCACUGAAGAAGUUAUGUCAAUGAUGUAUACAUUCACUUCAAAGGCUGCAUUUGGUAAGAAAUAUUUGGAACAAGAAGAGUUCAUAUCAGUUGUAAAACAACUUAUAAAACUUGCUGGAGGGUUCUAUAUUGGUGACUUGUUUCCUUCAGCUCAAUGGAUUCAAAAUAUAUCUGGAUUGAAGCCUAAGCUUGAGAAGUUAAGCCAACAAGUAGACAGGAUACUGGGCCAUAUCAUCACUGACCAUAAAGAGAAAAUUUCAAGAAGAGAAAACGAAGGUUUGCCUGAAGCUGAGGAAGAUCUGAUUGAUUGUCUCCUAAAAUUUGUGGAAAGUGGCAGUGACAUGGAUUUUGAAUUAACUAUUGAUAAUGUCAAGGCUAUAAUUCUGGAUGUGUUCUCUGCUGGAAGUGAGACUGCAGCAACUACUGUUAAUUGGGCAAUGGCUGAGAUGAUAAAGGAUCCAAGAAUUUUGAAGAAAGCACAAGCUGAAGUAAGAAAUGGAUUUGAUAGGAGAGGAAUGGUUGAUGAAGCUACGAUUGCUGAGUUCAAAUAUUUAAAAUCAAUCAUCAAAGAGUCAUUAAGAUUACACCCUUCCGUUCCUCUCCUUCUUCCAAGGGAAAGUCGAGAAGCUUGUGAGAUUAAUGGCUAUCGUAUACCUGUAAAAAGUAGAGUCCUAAUAAAUGCUUGGGCAAUGGGAAGGGAUCCUAAAUAUUGGAAUGACCCAGAUAAGUUUUAUCCUGAAAGGUUUAUUGAUAGCUCUAUUGAUUUCUCAGGAACUAAUUUUGAGUUCAUUCCAUUUGGUGCUGGUAGGAGAAUUUGUCCCGGCAUGAACUAUGGUUUGGCUAAUGUAGAGCAGGUCCUUGCACUUUUAUUGUAUCAUUUUGAUUGGAAACUUCCCAAUGGAAUGAAAAACGAGGAAUUAGAGUUGGGAGAAGAGUUUGGAGUUACUAUGGCAAGAAAGGGUGACCUUUACUUGAUUCCCAUUACAUCUCAUCAGUCGCUUGUAAUCUAAAAAGAAGGAGGUUUUAUAAAAGUUGUACUACCUGAAGAUUGAAAUGUUAUGUUAGCUGUUGUUUAGAGUGAAAUGUUAUGCUACAUUCUGGAUUUACCAUAAGUAGCUUAUUUAUACUUGUUGUUUAUUGUUUAAAGUGAAAUGUUAUCUUAUUUUCAUUUUAGUGGGUAAAGAA